AUGCGUCGCAGGUGGGCAUGCCCGAAAGUUCAUCUCCUCCUCGUUAGCUUGUUGCUCAUGGUGAUCAAGUUCGCGCAAGCUUCUUCCCUCAGCGUCUGUCCUCUUUCUCGCGGAAGCGUCGCCCUGCAAGCGAGCAAGUCCCUUGCUGCUGCAAAGCUGCGCGGAGGAGGAGAGGGUGGACACAAGAGCAGGAGGAGAAAGAAGGGCAAGAACCAGGCUCAGGCUCACAACAUCUCCUUACAGAACUUUCAGACCAUUCGACCCAAGAAUGUCCUGCAAGAGCUCCAGACGCCUGAGGUGCCUGCAGCUCUAGACGGCGGUGGACAACAGGACGCAGUCGGCCAUAGUGCGAGCGAGCGAGGGGCAGGGGCAGGAGCAGGAGCAGGAGCAGGAGCAGGAGCAGGAGCAGGAGCAGGAGCAGGAGCAGGAGCAGGAGCAGGAGCAGGAGCAGGAGCAGGAGCAGGAGCAGGAGCAGGAGCGCCGAAGAUGGGAGAUCAUGGCAGGCGGAAGCGGGACGGGGCAAAUGAUUCGGAUGAACGGCAGGCACCGCUGGAGCGUUCGAGGGAGGCACGUGGCGAGAAGCCGUUGCCACAAGUCGUGGAUCAAAAUCGAACCCGAGGAGAGAAUGAAAGGGAGCGGAAGGAGGCAGCGUUGAAAAGGAAGGAGAAGAAAAAUGUGGAUGAGAUGGUGGCCGGGCAUCAGGAGCGUUCCAAGGCCCAGGAGCAGAAGGAUCUUCAUGCUCCGACAUCUCAGACGCGCUGGGAUGACAAGGAGGAGGAGGUGCGCGAGCAGGCACGGGGCCAGCAACAUGCAAAGUUACAGCUUGAGAAACAUCGGGUUAAAGUGCAGGAGCAGGAGCAGGAGCAGGAGCAGGAGCAGGAGCAGGAGCAGGAGCAGGAGCAAGAGCAGGAGCAGGAGCAGGAGCAGGAGCAGGAGCAGGAGCAGGAGCAGGAGCAGGAGCAAGUGCAGAAGAGCGUGCAGGAGAGCGUGCAGGAUCGGCGAGAGCGUCAAGGUACGGAAGAGCGUUACAGAUUUCAGGAGCGGCAGAGGCAAUGGGAUCAGCAUCAGGAGAAGGCGCCUCUGCACGAUUCAGCAGGUCAUCAGCGAAGAGGGCAGAGGAUGUUUCAGCGGGAGUUGACUCCCGAAAGUCUGCAUGGUAGCGAUGAGGAUGAUGAAGAUACGGACUUCUUCGAUUUCGACUAUGUGCCGAGAUCGACCUUGACGCAGCGGAGAGAGAAGGAGGAGGAGGAGAAGUUGAAGAUGUUCGGAGGGCGGCUGGGAGAUAUCGUUAACAAGCCUGUCACCCCUAGAUGGAAGAGCGUUGAUGACGAAGUCGUUCAGCAAGAAGACUUGGCUCAGGGGAUGACUUGGUCGCAGAGGAGGAAGCUGGAGGAGGUGGAGAGGAUUGCGAGGGAGUUUGGAGGAGGUCUUGACGCCCUCAGGAGUGGCAAGGAAGAGGGGAGCGAGCCUGAGAAUUUUCAGGCAGGGCCGCUGGACUCAUUGCAGAGCCCCAGCUGGAAAGAGAGGAAGAGGAAGGAGCAGGAGGACCUGAUGAAAUCUUUCGGGGGAGGGCUUGACAGUCUCGUGAAGCAUGAAUCUUCCUUUGAGAGGCAGAAGAGACUGGCGAGGGAACGGGCAGAGAAGAGGCGACAACGUGGGGAGCGAGCUCAGGAGAAUGAAGCUGGGAGGGAUUGA